CCUUCUAAAAAAAAUAAAAAAAUCAUCAAAUUAGCAGAAUCAAAACACCAAGAGAUAAUUAAAUCAGAAAAAUAUCUUUCAGAAGCAAAGAAUUAUAAACACCAUUCGGAUGCAUUCUAUACAAGUCGCUCACUUAGUAAGUUAAUUGAGCAGGCUAAUAAUAAAUUGGCUACUAUAUCAAUGGAUGUUGAUGAUGAUGAUUCAUCAAAUAAAAAAAUUCAACCAAAUAUUUUAAUUAAAUAUAAUCUUAAUAGUAAUGCUUCAGUAUUUAUGCCAAUACAUAUGAUUAAUAAUGGCAGUGAUUAUAAUGUAGAUGUUGAAGAUUAUAUUGAUUGUAUUAAACCUAGACAACCAAAUUACAUUGCACCAAUAUAUAUAAUGCAGACAUGUCAUGAUGUCUCUGCAUUUAAAAUAACAAAAAUUGCGAACCAUUUUGUACCAUGCUUUUUAAAGAUUUUAAUGAAUGAACAAAGUGAACACAUAGUCGAAGAACCAAUUGAAUAUGAUAUUAAUUCAGAAGAUCUGUUAAAAGGAAUUGUUAAAUUCACUAAAAAACAAUUUAAAAGAAAAAAAGAUAGUUCAUUAAUUAAAAACAACAUUAAUCCAGCCAAACACAAUCAAUUAAUUGGUCUGCUGACAAACAUUGAUCCUAAUAAAGAACCAAAAGCAACUAAAAUUGAUGGGGGGUUGAUUUAUGAACCAUGUGAAAAUUUUGAAUUUUUCAUUACUCUGGACUUAUACUAUGGUGAAUGUACAGGAAAUAGAAAUGACAAAACAUCCUUUAAUGCUCGAAUAAAUAUACUAGAUCUUGAGUCUAUAAAUUUGCAACCUGAACAAAGAUUAACUGGAAACAGACAUAACGUACCUUCUGCAUAUGCAUCUAGAACAUUAAAGUCACAAUCUAAUUUAAAAAAUCCACAGGUUGGAGGAGUUAUGGAAAGACUACUAUUUGCUGUAAUUGAUAUUAAUGAAAAAGAAAAAGAAAAUUAUACAAAUAGUAAUGGAAAGGAAGCAAGUGAUAACAGAAAAUAUGGGGGCACAAAUAUUAAUUCUUUAAGAAAAAAUAAAGAAUUAGAUCCAGGAACAACAAUCCUGGCUUGGUGUUUUGGUCAUUGUGUAAGGACAAUAUUAUUUUGGAAUUGGCUAUUAUCCCAAGAAAAGAUUAAAUUGGGAUCAAUAUGGAUUAAAUUAGAUUCCGAAUUUAAAUUUUAUAAUGAUUUAGAUGUGAUUAUUGAUGCAAAUGAGGCAAAUGAUUUCAUUAAAGAUAUAGAUAAUGAAUUAAAUGAUACAGGAAUUCUAGAAAAUAAGACAAAAUAG